AUGUUGCGUCACUCGCGUAUCGGUAGAGAGCUUCAGAGCAGCAUUAAUAUCGGACGUAUGCGCCUCGCGCAGCAGUUCCAUUCUAUGGACGGCUGGCAAGCGAACCAAAGUGAUCGCUUCGACAACUACAUCAAGGAAAAGAGGGUAAAGGAGUACUAUGAGGCCUUUGACCAGCGCGUCGAGCGGGCGUACCGUGUUGCGGCAAAAGCACAUAAAACUGAAGUUUUAAAUGCUUUCAAGCGCAAGCUCACUAGCAAUAACGACAAGUUCACACCCAGUACGAUGCUCGAUAUGCGAAAGGCAGUUGAAGAACGAUUGAGAUGGCUGCGCGAUGUGUGGGCGCAGGUGGACGCAGAUUAUCGGAGCAAUGAUCCCGCCCGGCAGGAGCUGGCGGCGAAAGAAAUAUCCGCAGCGCUCCACGGCGAACCAGGUGAGUACAUGCGGUGGGUGUAUGAGCUUAAGCGUGAGGAGCGCUUCUUAGGCCCUAAGCAGAAGGCUUCGAUGCAUGCGGAGCUUGCAAACUCUGAGUUGCCAGAGGUUUCCAACGAGGAGGUGAAUCGCUAUCAUAACCUCAAACUCGACAUGUCGGAAAUCGAACGUAAUGUGAAGCUCAGGUACGACAUAGCUGGGCAUCAGCAUUGGGCGGAGCUGCAGGCAGCCAAGGAUGAGAUCUACGAGAAAAAAUUGGAUGACGCAGCAAAAGUAUAUGAGGAGUUGUUGGACCAAAACGAUCGAUACGAUGAGAGUCGCCGCACCGCACUCGUGCGUAGUCAUGUGGAGCGUAUGCACCAGGCCCAAGUUCGCUUCAAAGCCGCGAUGGCUCUUGAGGAGGAGCGCGAGAAGCUAAUAGAGGCCCAUCAAGCCAUGGAGGAUGAACGAAAGCGUAUUCUUAAAGAAGAGCGCAUCGCACUCUUGAAGGAGGCUUCUGAGUUGAAACAGCAGGGGUUGCCGAGCAAGGAGAUUGAAAUGCGAAUGCGGACGCGGCAAUUAGAACAGCAUGCACAGCGACAGGCGGAGUACCAGCUUAAGGAGCAGGAAGAAAUCCGCGCCAAGAAGGCAAAAUAUCUCCAAUACAUUGAGAAUUUCAAGAUGAGCGUGGAAGAACGCGAGGGGCUCGAGCUUAUGCGACAAGCGGCUCCAGCUUCGGACGGUACACGAAAAAAUGUCUUUGGUUUUGCUGACGAAGAUUGUCUAAGCAGUAGUGAAGCAGGUGUAGCUUCUGCACUUCAAGAGCGCAGCUUGGCAACGGAAGAUUCUAUGUUAUCUAGCAACCCGAGGGCGGCAUCUUCAUCUGUCUCUGCCUCGCAGUCUUUACCAUCCACUGAACGUCGUGAUGCCGCGAAGAGGGACAUUCUAUGGAGUGAGAUAUCGGCAGACACCUACGAAAGUCCCUUCACUGCUAUCCACCAGGCACGACUGGAUGCUUCGAAGACUUAUGAUGAUCUAUAUUCCAAGUUUACCCCGUUGAGCCUUGCACAGGGCAAGAAGUACAGCAAGCAAGAUGAAGGGGAACAUGCAGCCGGCAAUGGUAUGGAUGGGAUGGUUUUCAAAGGUGGCAGUAGUCCAGAGCGUAGCCUUAACUGGGGUGUGAGUCACAUCGUGGUGCAUGAUCUUGACGGCGACGGCAAUACCGACUACUUUUUCGAUGGAAUGUGGCAUGUACGGGAUAAGGAGACCGGUGAUAUUGACUGGCGCUAUGAGAGGAAAAAAGGUGGCCCGGUAUUCCGUGGGCCGCGCUUCUAUAAAAUCGGCGCCAAGCGUGAGGCAGAUGAUGCAGGUACAUCUAGCAUGGAUUUCGCCCCAUUUCAUGGAGGUCUGGGUGGGGCUCCAGACAGUAAUAGUGGUCCAGGCCCGCGAAAGGUACGCUUCCAGCGUGCUUCCGCAGACGCGUCGCUACUCAGGCGCUCCUCAUCGCUAGAAGGCUGGCGUAGCAGUUGA